GCCCGCCACCGCGAUGGAGCCCGGGGCCAUGGUGAGGAGCGCGCCCGGGCGGACCCUGAGCCUCCUCCUCUUCCUCCUCCUCCUCCUGCUCGGGGACACCGAGGCCCAGAAGGGUGAUGGCUGUGGACACACUUUGUUAGGUACUGAAAGUGGAACUCUGGCGUCAAUAAACUAUCCGCAGACGUAUCCUAACAGCACAGUCUGUGUGUGGGAGAUCCGUGUAAAGACUGGGGAGAGAGUGCACCUUAAAUUUGGUGACUUUGACGUUGAGGAUUCAGGUUCUUGUCAUCUUAGUUAUUUGAGAAUUUACAAUGGAAUUGGACUCAGCAGAACUGAGAUAGGGAAGUACUGUGGCCGGGGACUGCAGUUGGACCGUUUGAUUAAGUCAGAAAGCAAUGAAAUAACAGUACAAUUCAUGAGUGGGAUCCACAUUGCUGGGCGGGGAUUUUUUGCUUCAUACUCAACUGCAGAUAAAACCGAUCUAAUCACUUGCUUGGACACAGCAACUCUUUUUAAAGAGCCAGAGUAUAGUAAGUACUGUCCAGCUGGUUGUCUGAUUCCAUUCGCUGAGGUUUCCGGAACUAUUCCUCAUGGAUAUAGAGAUUCAUCUUCGCUGUGCAUGGCUGGUGUGCAUGCAGGAGUGGUGUCAAAUAUUUUGGGUGGCCAAAUCAGUGUUGUAAUCAGCAAAGGUAUUCCAUACUAUGAAAGUUCUCUGGCCAACAACGUCACCUCCCUAGUGGGACAUUUGUCUGCCAGUCUGUUUACAUUUAAAACCAGAGGUUGUUACGGAACCCUGGGAAUGGAAUCUGGCGUCAUCCCUGAUUCUCAGAUAACUGCAUCUUCAGUACUGGAGUGGACUGACAGUAUGGGCCAUGAGCACAAUUGGAAGCCUGAAAGAGCCAGACUGAAAAGAUCUGGACCUCCGUGGGCUGCUUUGGCCACUGACGAAUAUCAGUGGCUACAGAUUGAUUUGAAUAAGGAAAAGAAAAUAACAGGCAUUAUAACUACUGGAUCCACCAAGGUAGAGCACAACUACUAUGUGUCUGCCUAUAGAAUUCUAUAUAGUGAUGAUGCACAGAAAUGGACAGUAUACAGAGAACCUGGUGUUGAGCAGGAUAAGAUAUUUCAAGGAAACACAGACUAUCACCAGGAUGUUCGCAAUAAUUUCAUCCCACCCAUCAUUGCGCGUUUUGUCAGAGUUAACCCUGUACAGUGGCACCAGAAAAUUGCAAUGAAAGUGGAACUACUAGGAUGCCAAUUUAUUCCUAUAGGUCGUGCUCCCAAAUUUACCCAACCACCACCACGUCAGAAUAGCAAUGACUUUCCCCUGCAGACGGCUAAAACCACCCCAACUCUAGUCAUCAGAAACGCUACAGUAACUCCCAACGUAGCCAAAGGUCGUGGUUCAAAGUUUACUCAAGCAUCUCCACCUCAGAGUAACAAUGACUUCUCCCUGCAGACGGCCAAAACCACCUCCACUCCAGACAUCAGAAACACUACAGUAACUCCCAACAUAGCCAAAGAUGUAGCGUUGGCAGCAGUCCUAGUACCGGUGUUGGUCAUGGUCCUCACUACCCUCAUUCUGAUCUUGGUCUGUGCGUGGCAUUGGAGAAACAGAAAGAAAAAGACUGAAGGAACCUAUGACCUUCCUUAUUGGGAUCGUGCAGGCUGGUGGGAAGGAAUGAAGCGCUUUCUCCCUGCCAAGUCAGCAGAGCCCGAGGAAACUCCUGUUCGCUAUAGCAGUAGUGAGGCUAACCAUUCGAGGACAAGGGAAGUGACCACAGUAUUACAGACGGAGACUGCAGAAUAUGCUCAGCCACUGGUAGGAGGGAUUGUGGGCACACUUCAUCAGAGAUCCACCUUCAAACCAGAAGAAGGGAAAGAAGCGGGUUAUGCCGACCUGGACCCGUAUAAUUCUCCAGUACAGGAGGUGUACCACGCCUAUGCCGAGCCCCUGCCUCUAUCUGGACCGGAAUAUGCCACCCCGAUCGUCAUGGACAUGUCGCCGCACCCCGCGGCUUCCGUCAGCGUGGCCGGCACCUCCACCUUCAAGGCUGCUGGAAACCCGGCCCCUCCACCGCUCAUGGGAACUUACAACCAGCUCCUGUCCCGGACUGAGAGCUGCUCCUCUGCACCUGCCCAGUAUGACACUCCGAAAGGAGGCAAGCCCGGCCCCGGCUCCCCAGAGGAAAUGUUGUAUCAGGUGCCCCAGCGCGUGCCCCAUUUCCCCGGGAGCAAAGAGGACGGGGCAGCCCCGGGGAGGGAAGGUGAGGGGGACUUCUGUAAAGAAGUCCUCUGACAGUGAUGCUACUUUUUCCAAAAGGUCAUUUUUAAGAGCACAGCGACAUUUUUGUAAUAGUCCUAGUAAUAUAUAGAAAGUAUACUCAGUACCUGUCACUGAAAUGGUUGGGGGAGAAAAAUGUGAUAGUCGAGCUCCAGGAAACUACUAAUUCUGCCAUUUUGUUCUGAAGGUGUAACACAUGAUUACUGCUUGCCUAUUACUACUGUAAAAUCCUAUAUUCGUUCAAGAUAUGACGAGAGAGCUCUCUCUUGUGCACUUCGGAGAAAUGGAAACCCACGGGGAGGAAAUAUUUAUUAUCAAAGCUACAGGUACAUUUAAUGCUGAAUUUAGAGAGAUGGUCCAGUAGGCCCUAAUGGCAAUAAUUGCCAGUGGUACUGUUCUGGAACGACCUUGAAGUUCUUGGGAUCAGUGUACAAAAGAUGUGAAAUCGGAUCUCUUUCCCAUUUCAUAUUCUUUCUCAAUGGAAAACAUAGAAUAUCAUAUCUGCAAAUGAGUUUUAAUACUUGUCCCUCCCAUACCUUUGAUCUGCCUUUACUUAGUGAGAGGUGAAGUCCAGAGCGGGAAGGAGUCGUGUGGUCUGGGCGGGGUUGUCGGCUUUGGCUUUUGACGCUAGUUUGAGCUUUGACACCAUUGAGUUUCCCAGUGAGGUCUUGCCAAGGCAGUCAGCCUGCCGUGUAGCAUCUGCUGCCAAGAUUUCCACUGUUUCUUCCAACUUGGUCCAGUGCCCGUGUCUGUCCGGCAUAGCCUGAGCACCUCUCACUGCACUGAGUUUGUUUCGGCGGAGACAGUCGGCAUCUACCCUUAGAAACAGCACGCCGACUGAACAGUGAUCAUCCCAUACAGUUCUUGUGGAAUUGUCCAGUUCCCAGCCAGUGCAGUGCCAUCAGUCCCCGGAUUUGAUCGCUGGCUGAAGCAGCCCCGUUUUAGCCGCUGCCUUUUCUGUGUCCCGUUCCUUGCAGAAGCCUGGCACCCGAUUCCGUCGUUUUCCAUUUUGGCGGAUCGCUCAGCCAGAGAGCGGCCCUGCAGUCUUUUCAGGUAAACCUUGUGACUGACGAGUCACAAGAACCUCGUUAUAUCAAAUUGAUAAGAGGGAACGAAGUCAGGGGUGACCAGCUAGAAGCAUGUUUGGCCUCAGCUGGCCUCCCGCACCCACCUAUCGAUUGGUCAGAAACUCCUGACAUAUGUACGACCAACAGCCAAGCAGCAUAUCCUUGCUAGGGUCGUGUUAGAGUCUCUUUAUUCCUCUUGGAACUUCCCUCCAGCAUACUUUAAGACAGCCAUAUUGGCAUCUCUGAAGAGGCAAUUUUGAGACUAGCUCACCUGUGCUAGAUGUUUCACGUUGGCAAGUUAUUUGCUUGUUACUUGUGGAGUCAGUCAAGGUAUUUGAGUGCUUACUGUGUGCAGAGCACUGUAAUAAGUGCCCAGGGGGAGUACAAGACAAAAAGUAGGUUUACUUGACCCCUGCCCACAGGAGUUCACGAGCUAGAGGGAAGUGUUGACUUUAUGUUGGGAAGUAACAUAUCUUUUCAACAACCUGCCCUUCUUCUUUGUGCAACAGCAUGGAGACCAAACUGGAGGAUAUUAUGUAAACACAACAGCCAUCUCGUUGUUCACGUUAGCCCAGUUUUAUGGACUUACUGCUAGAGUGAUCUGGGGUCAGAGUGGCAUUGUGUGUUCUCCUGAUCUGGGGGAAUUAGAUUGUCAUAACCCCAAAGUAAGCUGGGGCUAGUGAAGUAAUCAGAUGUGCUUUUAUUUAUUUUCUUUCUAGCAGUAUUUCAUAUGGAUUUGCACUUACACUACAUACAAGGACCGUUUACUUCCUCUCCCCUCCUCCCAUCGCAAGCUUUACUUUUUUUAAUUGUUGUAGCUUCUGUAUACAAGGCAAUGUGAGGCAUUGGUGUCUUUUUUUUUUUUAUUCUGUUCACUGGGGUACCAAAACGUACCACUGGUUUGGCUAAUAGCCAUUCAGAACACCCGGCCCCGGUACUGUCCUCUUUCUAAACCUAAAUGUGAAUGGGGCCUGUAGGACUCUCAACAAAGGUAGUUCCUCUUGCAGGGGAAAAACUGAAAGGGUUUGCUCUUCCCUUGGAACGAACGGAGAAAACCCCGCUGCCGAGGGAAUGCUUUAGAGAGAGAAUCCUGCACGACUGCUAAACUUCCCAAAGAGGUAGGAGAUGCUCCCCAAUCAUUUGUAUACUUCUUAUUUCUUUUAAAAACUGUCACAGGGAGAAAACUGUUGGGGAGGUGCACAGCUAAAGGUGGUUUUUACAAGACAUGCAUCCUGCUGCAGACUUACCAUGCUUGUAAAGGCAAAAAUGACCCAAGUUUUGAGAGAGUCAAGUCGAAUGCAUCGCCCAGGUCUGUUAGUUCAGAAGCUGGGCUUAGUCCAAAGGGAGUUUUGGAAGUUUCCACAAAAGCUCAUACAUGCAGUUUCCCAAGUGUUUGGGUUUUUUUUUGCGGGGGGGGGGGGGGGGGGGGGGUUUAGUGAAUGGGUGCUGCCAAGGGACAAUCACUUAAUGGAAAAUGUGUACUAAGCCAUUCUUGGCAAAAUGGCCUUGAAUUCCAUAUUGCUUAAAAACUUGAAGGACUCCUAAGAUGUUUUGUUGUUUGCCCAAACUUAAUAUAAUGGGUGAGCUGAUUAUAGUAACACAGUCUGACUUAGCUGUUCCUUGAUUUUAAGAACCUGCACAAUUCUAGCCACAAUCUUAUGAAUUCUUCAGAUUUUGUUGAAAGUUACAAAUUUAAAUGGCUCCUGCCGGUUAUUAUGGGCUGGGUCUAACCCUUUUAUUUAAAUUCACACUUCACUGUUUGCACUUUGCAUUUAACCGUAUGUUUAUUGUGUGAUGAGGAAACUGGUUCAAACUGAUUUUGCAAGAAAGGACAGCUGGCUCGAGGAAGGUGUAUGUGCUUUGGUUUGCCUGAAGAGGGUGAGUGAACUUGUUUGGCUCAAAUUUUGCCACAUUUAUUUGUCAAGGAUUAUCUGGAGCCUGUACAUUCUGAAUUUUAUCCGUAAACCAGGACGGUUAGAGAUGACACGCCACCAGUCAGAAUUUGGUUCCAUUACAAACUUCUGAGACAAAGAAUGUUUUAAAAACCCUUUUGCAGGAAUUACCGGCACGCAGCUAAAAUGCCUUUUUCUUGCAUGGUAGGGUUUGCUCCUCACCUUCUGUUUGGCCUGAUAAAGGCCCUAAGCUGCAAAACUCUGAAAUUGACAGCCAUUCUUAGCCCAGCUUCUGACACUGUUUCCCCAAUUCCAUCAGCAGCAGGCUUCAUUUUUGUUUUUAAACACUGGGGGAAGGUGGAAGCAAGAGCAGAUGUUGGGGUACAAUUUUGUUGGAAACAAAACUGGCUAGUGAGUCUCCCAGAAUGUACUUUUCUUACCUCGGCAUGUACUGUAGUCACUGUAUUUGUAUAUGUUGUUAGAAUUUAGAUUGUAAAGAGAGGUUUAUGUGUGUUCCAUUGUUUUUAAUAAAUUGUAUAUACACA